UUUACUUCUACCUAAAUUACAUAGUAACAAGAACAUUACAGACAUAAAAAAAUUCAAAGUGAAUGCACAGAAGGGACUCAUGUUUGGCGUACAUGCUUCAGCUGAAAUACCUGAUUGCACAGAGAAGGAAAAAAGAUCUUUAACAAAAAAAGAGUUCUUAAAUACUUCGGGAAACAACUUCCUUGUCUGGCAUAUUUAUCUGUAAGCCCAACGGCAAAAAUAUUUCAUGGCUGUGAUAAGAGUAUGAUGCACAACCAGGAUGAUCAUUGUUGUAAAAACUAAAGUUAUUAUAAUCUAAGUAAUUAUUGCAUCCUUUUAUAUUUUUAGCUAACAUAAUUUUAACACUUUAUAUCAGCACCCUUGGAGCCAAGAAAGUAUGUAGACAGUUAAGAAAUUAGCAUAAUGUAAAGUAAUGUAAAAUUGAUAACCUUAAUGACUGUAUAAACCUGUAAUACUUCAAUGAAAGCUCUCUUUGUUUCAACAAAAGAUUUUGGAAGACAUGACAAGCUGGAAUCAAGCCCACAUAUAUUUUUUCUGAAGCUAUGAAAUGUCCAAUAUAAUCUUUCACUUCUAAUGGUAUCCCCUUUGGAUGGUAUCAUGGUACAUUUUCACACGUGUUUUUUUUUUAGCAAUUCAGGAAUUCCUUCUUUGAAGAGUCACAAAUGACACGCCUCUUUUUUCCAUGGAGCAACUAUAAAUUCACCCGCAAAGCUUCCUUGUUUCAGUGCCAAAAUCAGGUCGGGGAGGCUUGUGGUGGAGCUCACUCUUGGACCAAAAACACUUUGGCCUGGCAUCAUGGAGUCCGAGCGUUAUCCCAUCAGUGUCUCACUCACUGGAGUGCUGCACAAGGGGAAGAGCAAAAUGUAUAUAACCUCUGUGGGUUGGUCAGACCAGGCUGAGAUUGUGGUUUACAGAAGCUUCAAGGAUUUCAAGAAAAUGCAUAAAGAACUGAAAAACGUAUUUCCAUCGACAGGCAAAGGGAGAAAAUCUGACCGAAUCCUCCCUAAAUUUAAAGACAAUAAGGGGAAGAAGAAACGAGAAAAGGCUCCAACAAAGUCCCUGGUGCGCCUCAAGGUUUUGCAGAAAUAUUGUAGGGAGCUUCUGAGCUGCGAUCCGCGUGUCUCACAGUGUCCAGACCUCACCCGGUUCUUCCAACCUACAAGUCAAGACCUUGACCCAGAGUACCUCAAGAGCAGCAUUAAAAUCAUGCUCUCGGAGGAGGAGAUUAGAGGCAACGGAGGGUUUGUGGAGGCAGGAAACGUCACACAGCCGUUCGUCACAGAGAUGUACAGAUGCGUGGCCCAGUAUGAGACCAAAGACACCAAGAACAAGCCUUUCAAAGUGGCCGUUGACGAAAAAGUGGAUGUGCUCAUCAAGGACAAAGCAGGGUUUCUUCACACCGCCAUCAAGACCUACAACGCCACCAAAGAUGAUGAGAUAAGUGUAAACAUAGGCACAGUGGUGGAGGUCCUGCGGCAGUCUGACAACGGCUGGUGGUACAUCAGACACAGAGAGAAGGAGGGUUACAUCCCGGCCAUGUGCCUGCAGCCCUACAGCUCUCCUCAGAUUCUCAUGACGUCCCAUCAAGUCUCCCGGAGCUCUUCCCCUUUUCUGUUUCCCUCUGCCGGCCUGCAGCAGCAGUCCCAGCAAAGCCGCUCCCAAGGAAACCUGCUGCAGCUUCUGCCCGUCAGAUCUCCCUCGCCCAGUCCCGUCCCCGCGGGGAGGACCCAGAGGGCCCUCUCCCUGACCGGGCUGUCUCAGGUCCCUCGGGCCCCGGCUUUGGAAAGCAACAGAGCCCCCGGACAAACCCGUGUUGCUUCAGCUGUUCCUGGACAGCAGGCUCCUCCACCUGCCAUCAUGGUGGACGGGGAGGAGGGUUUUGGGCCGAUGGCGGCAGGGGCCGAGGACAGCUUUGAGAGCAGCAGCUUCAGCGAUGAGCUGGGCUCCCUCUCCGAUGAGUCGUCCCUUAACCUGGCCUUCGGCGCCGACGAGGAGCGGCUGCGCCUCAGCCGCACGCCCCCCCCCACCGGCGCUGCCGCCGCCCACCUCAGCCCCGCCGCCGCCGCCGAGGGCAGGCUGCUGCCCAGCGUCUCUGACCCCAGCCUCUUCCAGAGGCCCUCCUCACCCAGGGUGCCCCCCCGGCCGCAAGCCCAGGACAUCCUCACCCGCUGUAGCACCGUCACCCGCAAGAACGUGGCCAAAGGCAGCGCCUCGCCCACACAAACCGAGAUCACCGGGCGAUGA